CCCAGACUCAGCAGCCAGUACUGGAGAGGAGAGCACCAGUAGAACUGCUGACUGGAGCCUCUGAGUCACACAACUGUAAGUUUUUUCAUUAACUUUGGCCCCAGUGACAGAGAGGACUGCUGCUGUUGGAGAUGACUGAACUGUCACUGUUGGAACAAUAUUCCUUUGCUUUAGGAAAUGUUGUCUGUUCUGAGAGCCUGAGAGUUACUGAGGAGCUUUGAUCUAAGAGGCGCAGAUAUCGGAGAAUUCCCACUUCAGAGUUUGGAGCUCUAAAGAAGAUCAGCUGCAGGCCGUUUGUUGGAUAAAAGCCACAGUCAAAAUCAAAGGAUGAGGACUCAUCUCCUCUGCUUGGAGUUACUCGCUUUGGCAGUCCACAUACUUGUGGCCAGUGGACAGCUGGAGCCAAAGAAACAAGUUCCCCAGGAGCCUCUCACCGUUACCCAGAAACUAGGGCUCGUGGAACGAGAUGUGCAGGGUGCGGUGCGGCCCAACAGCACCAUGCCCCGCCGCCGCCUGCCACCCAUGUGCACCGGACCCACAGAAAUCCGAGACACUUUCAAGUACAUCAACACAGUGGUGUCCUGCCUGGUUUUCGUUGUCGGUAUUAUUGGGAAUUCCACUCUUCUGAGGAUCAUCUAUAAGAAUAAGUGUAUGCAUAACGGGCCAAAUAUACUGAUCGGCAGCCUGGCACUUGGAGACCUGCUGCAUAUCAUCAUCGCCAUUCCCAUUAAUGUUUAUAAGCUCCUGGCAGAGGAUUGGCCAUUUGGGGUGACUCUGUGCAAGCUGGUGCCAUUUGUGCAGAAAUCCUCAGUGGGGAUUACAGUGCUGAGUCUGUGUGCGUUGAGUAUCGACAGGUAUCGUGCCGUGGCCUCAUGGAGCCGUAUCAAAGGGAUCGGAGUUCCAAAAUGGAUGGCUAUCGAGAUAGCGCUCAUCUGGAUAAUAUCCAUCAUCCUGGCUGUGCCAGAGGCGAUAGCCUUCGACAUGAUCACCAUGAACUACAAAGGAGAACAUUUGAGGAUCUGCUUGCUGCACCCCGUGCAGAAAACCGAAUUCAUGAGGUUUUAUAAAUCAGCAAAGGACUGGUGGCUGUUCAGUGUGUAUUUCUGCCUGCCGUUGGCCUGCACUGCCAUUUUCUACACCCUGAUGACCUGUGAGAUGCUGAGGAAGAAGAAUGGCGUGCAGAUUGCGCUCAGCGACCAUUUAAAACAGCGGAGGGAGGUGGCGAAGACAGUGUUUUGUCUGGUUUUAGUCUUCGCUCUGUGCUGGCUGCCUCUCCACCUCAGCCGUAUCCUGAAGCUCACCAUCUAUGACGAAAAAGAUCCAAACCGUUGUGAAUUGCUCAGUUUCUUUUUGGUGUUGGACUACAUUGGCAUCAACAUGGCAUCUGUCAACUCCUGUAUCAACCCCAUCGCCCUCUACAUGGUCAGCAAGCGCUUCAAGAACUGCUUCAGGUCCUGUCUGUGCUCCUGGUGCGUAACGACAGAGAUGUUAAUGGACGAAAAGCAGACGUGCAUGAAGUAUAAAGUCAGCGACCGAGGCUCCGAACAGAGCAACUCUCGCAUGACCAACAAGUCCUCGACAGCCUGAGGAGAGGCCCAGAAGUGAGAAACAACCAAAAAACAUCGAAGUAUGCCUGAGUAAAUGAGGACAAGGACCCAUUUGUUUUUAUCUACAGCAUAAUAUGAAGUGUCCUUAAACUCUUAAGAUCUAUUACAUACCGCCGGAAAUCAGCUCUCACUGCAACUCAAUCCAACCUGAAACUCUUAGCACUUAUCAUGGAGUGCCACACUCAUUCUGUCCAAGAAUGAAGUGUCAGCACACCUCCAAAGCUGCACUCUUGGAUAGGAAGUAUCAAAUUUAUACAGGCAUGAAUAACAUUAAAAAUGGAGAAUUGAACAGGAGCAAAGUUCAACUAUGCUGUGUAAAAUUGGGGUUAAGGGUUGAUAAGCUAAGACAGCUUGCCAGGCUUGCAGCCUGGAUAGUGAAUGUUACGUCAAAGUUCUGCAUUGUAGUGUAUUUGUUACAUACUUCAGCAUCUUGUAAAACAGCCAUUUGGGGAUUUUGCAUGUUUUUUCUGUAAAAAUGAAUGUACAUGACCAUUUUACAUGCUUUUGCAUACUUGUUAAUGCUUUGAAAUGUAUUUUCUUUGUGUAUUCUCACUAGUAACAAAACUACUGACGCUGUGUGACUUAAGCUGUGAUACCGUCAGCUAUUGUAUCAUAUUGUUCCAUACUUGGCCUGUUCCUGAGGCUUUAUGCAUUUUGUCAUUGUAUUAGUGCCUGAUUAUCUUAAUUUGACUCCUUACCUUUGAUGUAGGGUUUCUUUUUUCAAUAAAUAUAACACAUAAAAUCAUGA